UUAUCUGUGUCACAAUAAUAAUACGAAAUAGAAUAUAAAUAUUGUGAAAAUCUAUUUUAAGUACAAAUGAGAUAAAAAGUUAGAGAAAUUUAUUAUAAAUUCGCAAAAUAUCACUAAAAUAUAUUUUUUUUAGUCGGUAACUAUUCCUUAAAAAGCAAGAAGAGCACUUACAUGAUAUAAAAAGGAAAUAAAUUAAAAUGCCUUUAGAUUUCAAUACAUAAAUAAUACAUAGCAUUUCCUUAAUCAAAACAACGCACAGAAGCCGUCCCUAACUUACAUAUAAUCUUUGAAUAUUUAUCGUAUUUAUUUGAUUACAUGCACUGUCAUCUAAUGGUUUAUAUGCGCAUUAUACUCACCACAUUGGUGAGCAUUACCUGUUUAUUGGGUGAUAAUUUUGUGGAAUUAACCCAACAUCCUAUGCUAAAGGCUUUGGCAGACAAUGCUACACAUGCCGCUAUAGGAGCUCUGUCGGGGAUAGCAUUUGCUGUGCAAUUUUACGAAAGAACCAGUCAUUUCUUUGGUUGGUUUCUUAUAUUCACCUGCUUUGCUUGCUCCAGUUUAAUAGAUGUGGAUCAUUUUAUAGCCGCUAGAAGCUGGAGCUUGGAGGAUGCCACAAAUCUUAUGCGUCGCCCCUUUUUACACUGCUCAACAUUUAUUUUUGGUUUAUUGUUGUUUUACAUUUGCACCGCCUGUCUCAAUUACUUCAAGUGGAGUCUCUUCUUUGGGGUUUUGCUUUGUGCCUUUAUAACACAUCAUACACGUGAUGCCAUUAGACGUGGCUAUUGGUUCUAUCCCUGGGGUCAUACCGAUAAAAUACCCCAUUUAUCUUAUAUUCUCAUAACUAUAGCAACUCCGUACGUCAUUGGUCAAUUACAUGCUUUAUGCCGCAGUUCUGUGGUUCAGCAAUUUCUAGGUCAAUAUAUUAAAUUAAAUGAAAAUUAUCAUCAUAAAGAUGUCAGGGGUUAUAGAUAUAUGCAGGUUUAAUAAUACCACUUUAAUAAGAAUACUUUUUAAUAAAAAAAAACAAAGCUUUAACUAGAUUUUUAAACAUAACAAAAUACAGUAAAUGAAACAUACUUAGUAAAACUUGUGAUAGAGUCAAAGAAAAAAAAGAAUAUUUAACUAAAACUAGCUUACGAUUGAAAAUAAAUAUACUCUUUUUUUUAAUUUCUUCCUUGAUCUAGAUUUUAUAAAAAUCAAUUCUUCCAUAACUCAAUUCUUAUUAGUGAUAAUAAAUAAUUUUACUAUAGGCUUUUACAAUUACAUUUGUAUACUUUUUUCCAUUAUUAUUUUUUCUUUAUUUGAAUUUAUUUUUACGAAUUAUUGUGAUAUUAGUGGAAAGUUGUUAAUAAAUUUGAAUAGAUUUAGUGCUUUUUAUUUCACUCUCUCUCUUUAAGUAGUAUACAUAUAACGUGUAUAACACAAAUUUUAUUAACUAAAUGCAUGGCAAAAUAAAAUGUUAAAAUAAAAAUCAAUGAACUCAUAAAUUACUAAACUGCAGGUAAAUUGGGGCAUUCAAAAGUGCUCGAAAUCGUCAUUGAAAAUGUUAAACGAACUCCUUCGAACCCCUAUUUACAUCAUUAUGGGCCUUUAGUUUUUGGGACUUUGAACAAUAGCGGUUAAUUUAAUGUUGACAUCAGGCAUGGAAAAU